AACCGCACAAAAUUAAAGCUUUUUAGGGUCCUUUCCCCUAUAUUCCUUCCGAUCAUCAUCUUUGCUUAAUUUUAUCUCUCUCGAUUUCUCAGAGGAUGUGGGCUGCUUCAUGCCUUGCUUCGUGUUGUGCUGCGUGCGCCUGCGAUGCGUGCCGCACGGUGGUUUCAGGGAUUAGCCGGAGAUCGGCGAGGAUCGCCUAUUGUGGACUUUUUGCCCUUUCUCUGAUUCUUUCGUGGAUCCUUCGUGAGGUUGCUGCGCCGCUGAUGGAGAAGCUCCCUUGGAUAAAUCAUUUUCAUAAAACACCGGACAGGGAAUGGUUUGAAACGGACGCGGUGCUGAGGGUUAGCUUGGGAAAUUUUAUGUUUUUCACUAUCCUGUCAGUUUCUAUGGUUGGAGUGAAAACUCAGAGGGAUCCUCGUGAUGCUGUGCACCAUGGUGGAUGGAUGAUGAAAAUUAUUUGUUGGUUCAUUUUAGUGAUUUUAAUGUUUUUCGUUCCAAAUGAGAUUAUCAGCUUCUAUGAGUCAGUAUCAAAGUUUGGUGCAGGACUGUUCCUUUUGGUUCAGGUUGUGCUUUUGCUUGACUUUGUUCAUGGAUGGAAUGACAAAUGGGUCGGAUACGAUGAACAGUUCUGGUAUGUUGCUCUGUUAGUUGUUUCACUUGUCUGUUAUUUGGCAACAUUUGGCUUCUCGGGACUUCUCUUCCACUGGUUCACUCCAUCCGGACAUGAUUGUGGACUCAAUACCUUCUUUAUCGUUAUGACCUUGAUUCUUGUUGUUCUGUUUGCCAUAGUUGCUCUGCAUCCUGCUGUUGGCGGUAGCAUUUUGCCAGCUUCAGUCAUAUCAUUGUACUGCAUGUACCUAUGCUACAGUGGACUUGCAAGCGAGCCAAGAGAUUACGAAUGCAAUGGUCUUCACAAUCACGCUAAAGCAAUUUCUACCGGCUCCCUGACCCUUGGUCUAGUUACCACUGUCCUGUCGGUUGUCUAUUCUGCUGUUCGUGCUGGGUCUUCCACGACUCUGCUCUCCCCACCAAGUUCACCACGUGCAGGUGCUGGAAAGCCUUUGCUUCCAAUGGACAAAGUAGACGAACACGAAGAACAGGGGAAAAACAAGCCAGUCUCGUAUUCGUAUGCCUUCUUCCACAUAAUCUUUUCUCUAGCAAGUAUGUACUCGGCAAUGCUCUUAACUGGAUGGUCAACCUCGGUUGGGGAAAGUGGCAAGUUAGUCGACGUAGGCUGGCCAUCUGUGUUGGUUCGGGUUAUAACUGGGUGGGUAACUGCAGGUCUCUAUAUCUGGUCACUCCUUGCUCCUAUUCUGUUCCCAGAGAGGGAAUUCUAGUUCUUGGCCAUUGUUAUUGCAAUAAAUUUAGUUAUAUGUGUGUGUGUGAUUUGACAAAUCGGAUUAAAAAAACAUUUAUCUGUGUCAAAAGUGGGAAUCAGUAAAUGUACUCUUUUUAUGUGUGUUUGAUCAGUGAUGGGGUUGAAUAUACCCUCACUGAAAUCCUAAGAACCCUUUGUUGAUGCUAUUAUACCAUAAUGUAA